AUGCCCUCAAAGUUGGAGGUUUGUGAGGAUAACACAUGGGAGCCACAAGACAACCUGGAACUUGACCUUAUCACCGAGUACAUGCAGAAACACAAGGAGAAGGAGAAGGAGGGCAAGUGGAAAGUUGUCGGUGAGGCCUCGGGAGACUCAGAGGAGCGACGGAGCAAGAGGAAGAAGGAGGAGCACUGUGACAAAUCCUUCACAAGAUCUGGAUAUUUAAAGAUUCAUCAGAGAGUUCACACUGGAGACAAUCUACACAGCUGUGAUCAAUGUGGUAAAACCUUUUCUGGGAAUGGUGACCUUAAAAAACACCAGCGUGUUCACACUGGAGAGAAGCCGUACUGGUGUGAACAAUGUGGGAAAGGUUUUACUCAGAAUGGUAACCUUAAAGUUCACCGAAGUGUUCACUCUGGAGAGAAGCCGUACUGGUGUGAUCUUUGUGGGAAAACUUUUUCUGAGAGUGGGGCCCUUAAAAUCCAUCAACGCGUUCACACUGGAGAGAAGCCUUACAGCUGUGAUCUUUGUGGGAAAACUUUUACUCAUAGCAAUAGCCUUAAAUCUCACCGACGUGUUCACACUGGAGAGAAGCCGUACUGGUGUGAUCAAUGUGGGGAAACUUUUUCUCAGAGUGGGGCCCUUAAAAGACAUCAACGCAUUCACACUGGAGAGAAGCCGUACUGUUGUGAACAGUGUGGGGAAACUUUUUCUCAGAGUAGUGCCCUUAAAACACAUCAACGCAUUCACACUGGAAAGAAGCCGUACAGCUGUGCUCUAUGUGGUAAAACUUUUUCUCAGAGCAGUAGCCUUAAAUCUCACCGACGUAGUCACACUGGAGAGAAGCCGUACAAUUGUGAUCUAUGUGGGAAAACGUUUUCUCUGAGUAAUUACCUUAAAAAACACCAGCGCGUUCACACUGGAGAGAAGCCGUACAGUUGUGAUCUAUGUGGGAAAACGUUUUCUCUGAGUCAUAGCCUUAAACAACACCAGCGCGUUCACACUGGAGAGAAGCCGUACUGGUGUGAACAAUGUGGGAAAACGUUUUCUCACAGUAGUAACCUUAAAAAACACCAGCUCAUUCACACUGCCGUGUUGUGAACAUGUUUCCGAGCCAAGCUGUUUCCUCCUGCCUCCUCCUCAUGCCCUGAUAGCUGUUUUGUUAUUUUCUGAUCUUCUCUCCACAUUGAAGGCUGACCAGCAGUAACGUUAUCUUCUGAACAGCUUGUAUGUUAUCCUGGCUAGGACUACACAUUACACUCCAUCCCUUUGAAGGGAUUUAUUCCACUCAAAUUUAGUUAAUUUUCCUUUAAUAAAGUAGUCUGAGUUCAGGGUUCAACUGCUAGCGAUUUGUAACUAAUGCUGCAACGAAGAAGUAUUUGUUGUUCUUAAUUCAUCACCUUGUAAAUACCAUUUACGAAAAUCCCCAUCGCUGUUUACUAAAGUGAUGUCGAAUUGCUGAUAUAUUCAGUUUGUCACCAGCGUUGACAGUUACUUUAAAAAAGUAACUUAGUUACUUUACAGAUUACUUGAUUUUAAAACUAACAAAGUUAGAUUACAAGUUACUUUAUUAGUUAUAUUCAGCAGCUGCUGUUUCACUCCACCUGUUGGGACUUGCUCUGUAAGUUUGACUGCAGUGCUGCAACUCCAAAUGUUUCUUCAAA